AUGGAGUCACCGACACCAAUGGAGAGAUUGCUGGAAAAUUUGAACAGUGUUUUGCAGGCAUUAAACAAGACUCUAAACAGCCAACCCUGCCAGUCUGACAAACACGUCAACAAAACCAUCAACAACACAAAAAAUGAUAAUUCCUACAUAUUCAUUCUUUUUGUCAUGUUCCUCUUUGCUGUUACUGUCGGCAGCUUAAUACUUGGGUACACGCGGUCAAAGAAAGUGGACAAAAGGAGUGACCCCUAUCACGUGUACAUUAAAAACAACACAAAACUAUCUGUUAUUUGA